CUCAACUCAGAGUUUUAAGCUUUGGAGAUCAGUCGGUCCAUUGUAUAUCGGUAUAUUCCGUGCAAGACCGAGAUCGGACCAUGCUUAGCGUGUUAGCUCGUUGCUCGUUAGAUCGGUCUCUCGAUGCGUAACCCCGCUGACAAGGCCUGCCAUAACUGUCGACGACGACGGCUGAAGUGCGACCGGGAUGUCCCUGCAUGUCGCAAAUGUGCGCUGACCGGGCAAGAAUGUCUGGGGUACGGGAAGCUGUUUGUGUGGAAUGAGGGCGUUGCCAGCCGGGGGAAGAUGAUGGGCAAGACAUAUCCUGUUGCGAAAGACUCGAAUAGAGCCAGCACAAAUAGGGCCAUUAGCACCGGGAACGAUUUGAUUCCAGCACGGCAUUAUGACUUUCUGCCUCUUCAGCUGCCGUUACUGGAUCCCCUGUAUCAGGGCUUGGAUGAUGCGUCGCGGGGGUAUCUGUCCCACUUUGCAUCGACCGUGUCCAGCGACAUGGUGAUAGCAGACAUCAGCGAUGUGAACCCAUUUCGGAGUUUAAUUCCGUUCUGCAGGGACCAUCCCAUCCUGCUGCAUAUCAUCCUGGCCAACUCGGCCCUGCACAUCUCGUGCCUGCACCGACGAGGCCUGGAUGGCCAGCUUUCCGAUUCAGCUGAUCGGUCUUCUCAUGCGAUCGUCGAUGCGCUAUCAGCCAAACACAAGGCUCUCGUCAUGCUGAGACGCGCACUCGAAGACAUUGCCCACAUUGACGUCGACGUUAUCGCAGCCGUCAUCCACCUCUUCAUCAUCUUCGAACUCAUCAGUCCGGGAGAAGACGAAUGGAAAGCGCACGUCGAAGGUGCCCUGCGACUGAUCAGCUACCUGCACACGCUUGAAAUACGCCCUGCUUCACCGGCAGCUCUGGUCCGGGACUGCAUCACAUCGGACUGCUUAACAUACUACAUCCUCGGGUCAACUCUCAUGAACACAACCACCCUCUCCGACCCCUUCCUUCCAGGGGACAUCAUCCCCUCUCUGACCCGCGCCGAACUAAACAGCUACCUCUCCCUACCAACGCCUCUCCUCCAAACCCUCUUCAAAGCAUGCGAACUCUCAAACCGCGUCUCACUAGGCGAAAUGCUCGGCGCAGACCCAACCCCACUCCUAACCCAAGCAUCCGACCUGCUAAACACCGUGCAAUCCUUCAACGUAUACGCCUGGGCCGCAACACUAGAAGGCGACCCAUCCUCAACCCGAACGCUAAGCCGCAUCCACACGGCACUCGCACACCAGAAUGCAGUUACGAUAUAUAUCCUGCGCAGCGUGGAGCAGAUCUCGCCCGCGCCCAUGGCAGGACUGCGCGAUACAGAGAGCCUGGUGACGGAGAUCAUCACGCACCUGUCGCUAGUCGGCCCGACGGAUCCGUUCUUCAAGGCGACGUCGUGGCCGACUUUCAUUGCGGGCGCGGAGACGGAUAAUGCUGUCUAUCGCGAGUGGGCUGUGCAGCGGCUGAGGGAGUUUUGGAAUUUGAUCCCGUGGGGGUAUUUGAGGACGGAGGAGGAUGUUAUGAGGAGGGCGUGGGGGUUACGAGAUGGACAGGAAAGGAGGGGGGGUUGGAUACAGCAGCUCAAGGGGAUGGAGAGGCACUGGCUGAUUGCUUAGUUUAGUUUAGUUUACUUUGGAUAUGGAUUGAGGUUUCGUUUUCGUAGAUAUAUUCAGUCAUUCCUAGCUAGUAGGACAUGAUUCCGCAUCAUGAUACCCGUAUCAUGCUAUGUACAUUGCAGCCGAAGACUGAUUUAAAGUCCAGUAACCUCCUUGAUGAAGUCACUGAAGUAGGCCGGGCUGGAGUAGACACCGGGGUAUCCAGCGCGGGCACAGCCAUUGCCCCAGGAGGUGAUACCGAUGAGGACACCGUCGGAGACGAAGGGGCCACCAGAGUCACCCUGGCAGCCGUCCUUGCCACCGCC